GCCAAACGGGUGUCCCCCUGUCUCUGAGGAACACUGAUAAAGUAACAUGUCGAAACGCGUCCCAUCCACGUCCUCCAAAGGGGCCAUACCCAAGCAGCCAAGUAAGUCAAAUGUGUCCAGGGCGCAGCAGAAGGGAAAGAGUAAGCCGGGCACUAGCGCCGCCACUAAGGCGAAAAAGGAUGUCGUCGAGUGGCAGUUGCCCGCCUUCAGCGUGCCGAUGAAGGACAAGAAAGCGAUAAACUGGGAAAAACUCAGGAAAGAAACCGCCAGGAGGCAGUCGCCCGAGGGCGAAGACGUAAAAGAAAUACGCAGAAUUCUGAAGGAAGUGAAAAAUGUAGACGUUCCCGUCCACGAGUUUAUCAACAUGGUUGCCCCCUAUACCUCCGACAACGGCGUCGCUCUGCGUUCGGUCAUGGCCGAAGAUCUAGAGUCCUUCCGAUCUCUGGCCAAGAAAGUGUAUGAAACCAUGACGCAAGACGUCAGCGACGUGCUGGUGAACGAACAGCUGCAGAUGGUCCAGUACUACGAGGAGAAAACUAGCCAAUUGAGCGACAAGAUGAUGAGGGCCAUCAACGAAAUCUACGAGAUGGCGCCCAACUUCGAUUUCGAGCGGUUCCUGAGGAAUAAGGAUGACUACUUGCAGGAGCUGUUCCCUCCACCAAAAGAAGCCCAAACAAUGAUGAGCGACGAGGCCUUCGAGAUGGUGAGGCGGCAACAAGCCUACCACCGCCUCCAGUGGUUGAAGAGUGAAGGAGAGCGCAUGUCCGAGGAGAACAAGAGGUUGAUGCGACGUCUCGAAGAACUGAAGAAAGAGCAGCAACUGGAACAGAACCGGGCGUCCGAACGAGCCGCCGAAGCCGAGACCAAGAGGCAAGAACUGGCCCAAGAAGAGAUCCAGAUGAAGGAUAAGUUGGAUAAGUUGAAUGACUCGGUCGAGAAGUCGUUCAUAAGAGACGAAUUGAGAACUACCAAGGAGCACAAUAAGGCGGCGAUGGAGGUGGCCAAGGGCGGUCCGUCGACGGGCGCCAUUCGCAAGACGCGAUCGGGCGCGGGUAUGAAGAAAACGCGCCAGAAGAAGAGGCCGGAGUGGGCGAGCAGCACAGCCGCGGAUAUGGAAGAGGACGCCAUAAAAACCACGGUGGCGACGGAGACCCAGAAGGCGGCGUCCCGCACCAGCUUCAAGAGGCCCAAAGGCUCCAAAGCCAGAUCGCCACACUUCUCGCCCAUCAAGACACCGCCUCAGAAGCAGCCACCCAGACAGACCUCUCCGUUCCAUUACUCGCCGCCGCAGGAGAUGGCCGCAGAAGAGUCUGUCGCGAGCUUCGGCAGGGCGAGAGCUAGGAAAGUCGCGAAGCCGCCGUCGCCGUUCCACUAUUCCCCGCCGAAGACUCCGCCCGAAGAGAGGGGCCCCUUCACUUCCACCCAAGUGGAGGAAGAAUCCGGCUUGGGCAGUUUCGGCAGGGCCAGACCGCCGCCGGCCCCACGACGGACCUCGCCCUUCCACUAUUCGCCGCCCAAGAGUCCACCGCCGCAAGUGCAGGAGACGAGGAUUGAAGAGUCGUCGACUACGGUGCAGCAGAAGAGGCCCCAACCUCGAUUUAGGGAGUCAAAGGCGCCCAGGGACACGUGGGGUGGAUUCUUCUAG